GACUUCGAGCGCCUGAACGCGCUGUUCGUGUCCGUCGGAUUCAGCUCCAGGGCGUGCGAUAAGCUGCAAAAGGCGGUGGAUAAUUCAUACCUCGCGCUGUGGGUGACGACGACGCGAGACAGUCGGUUCGCGAAGGAGGGGGAGGUGGUGGGAUUCGCGCGAGCGACGAGCGACGGGACGUUUCACGCGACGGUGUGGGACGUCGUCGUGUCGCCGGCGUGGCAACGACACGGCAUAGGGCAAGGGUUGAUGGAACGCAUCGUGGAUAAAAUUUUAGAGGAAGACAUUUGCAACGUGGGGUUGUAUUCGGAAAACAAGGUUGUCGGGUUGUACGAACGGCUCGGUUUU